AUGGUUAUGGAAGUUUUUCGGAUGAAUAAAGUUAGGAUUGUGGCUCUCCUUGAAACAAAAAUCAAGGGAGCUAAAAUUAAAGAAGCUAUGAGUUCUACUUUUUUUGGAUGGGAGUUUUACAGUAGUGAGGCUGUGGAAGGUCGUAUUCUUGUGAUUUGGAGAUCUAAUUUGGUGCAACUUGCAGUGUUGCAAGAGAGCGAUCAGUUCUUACACUGUCAAGUGAGACUUUCUAAUAAAACAGAUUUAUGUCUUACUUUUGUUUAUGGCUCUAAUAGCUUGGAGAUUAGGAAAAUUUUAUGGAAUGACUUAUCCCAUUUGAUUUGUCCUAGUAAAGCUUGGAUGAUUCUUGGGGAUUUUAAUGCUGUUUUGACUCUGAAAGACAGAUUGGGGGGCAGGCCAAUCACUGUGAAAGAAAUGGAUGAUGCUCGACAAUGGUAUGAUCUUGGUUUGGUUGAAGAAAUGAAGAUUUUGGGUCCUUUUUACACCUGGUCUAAUAAUCAAGAAGGAGAUUCUCGCAUCUUCUCCAAGUUGGACAGAGUUUUCAUCAACGAUUCUUGGCUGGAGCAAUUCCCUUCAGUCACGGCUUAUUCUCAAUGGGAGAUUGGUUCUGACCAUUCUCUAAUCCUGAUAAAGCAUAUGCCUGCUCUAAGAGUUGGGGUGCAACCUUUUCGAUUUUAUAAUAUGUGGAUUACUCACCCUCAGUUUAGAAUUCAAGUUCUAUCUAGCUGGAAGCAAUCUUUAAGAUUCAAGGGUAGAAGUCUCGAUAAAAUCUGCUGGAAACUCACAAGGCUGAAGCAUAUAUUGAAAAAAAUUAAUUGGAAAGUAAUGGGGGAUGUAUCUUGUAACUAUGAGAGGAGUAAACAGUUAUAUCAGCAAGCUCAUGCUAAGUGUUUUGCUGAUCCUUCAAAUAUGAUGCUAUGUCAAGAGGAUCAUGAAGCAUUUACUGAGUUUAAAAGACAAGAGAAAGUUCUAAGGAAAAGGAAGUUAGCUAACCGAAUAUUCUCUUUUGUUACUGCUGAGGGACAGAUUGAAGAUGAUUAUGAUAAAGUUACAGCUCACUUUCUGCAGCAUUUUAAAAGUUUUUUGGGCACUCCCAGUCAUGCUACAGGGGCUCAAUCUUGUUCUGCCUUUGUUGGUAAACCAGAAUCAGGGGCCUUUGUUAAAAAUCAUUUUCUUGCCCAUAAUGUGCUUACCCUUCAAGACUUACUCAAGGAUUAUAACAGGAAGAAUUGUUCCCCAAGGUGUCUUAUGAAGAUUGAUAUAAGCAAGGUUUAUGACUCAAUUGACUGGGAUUUUUUGGAGAAUCUUCUCAAUGCUUUUUGCUUUCCGAAGAGGUUUAUUAGAUGGGUCAUGGUUUGCCUUAGGGGUACUUCCUAUUCCUUAGUGAUGAAUGGAAGCAUUCAAGGCCAUUUUCAAGGAGCUAGAGGUCUUAUACAGGGAGACCCAAUAUCACCCCUUCUUUUUGUCACAGUAAUGGAUUAUCUAACUCGCUUGUUGUUAAAGGCUUCUAAGGAAAAAGAUUUCAAAUUUCACCCCUUAUGUAAAUCCUUAAAUUUGGUCAGCCUCUGUUUUGCCGAUGAUCUCCUUCUUUUUUCCAAGGCUAACCCGAGCUCAAUCAAUAUAUUGCAGCAAGUGUUCACAAAUUUUACUAAGGCAUCGGGGUUGUCUAUUAAUCAAAGCAAGUCUAAAAUCUUUGUUGGUGGUAUUUCUGCUGGGGACAAACAAUCUUUGUUGCAGUUUUCUAACUUGUCUGAAGGGCAGUUCCCUCUGAACUACUUAGGGGUUCCUUUGAGACCUACAAAAUGGAGAGCCAUUGAUUGUGAAAUUAUCCUUGAUAGAAUGAGAUCUCAACUGUCUGGUUGGGCUAAUCGCCAUAUUUCCUAUGCUGGUCGGGUUCAACUUAUUAACUCAGUUUUGAUGGGGAUUCGAGCCUAUUGGAUGCAUAUUUUUCUGUUACCUCAGAAAGUAGUCAAAGCAAUAGACUGUCUUUGUAGAAAGUUUCUUUGGGGUGAGAAGAAUAAUAGAAGUAAAUUUCACAGGGUCUCUUGGGAACAUGUUUGUAAACCGAAAUGUUGUGGUGGUUUGGGUUUCAAAGAUAGUGCUUCUUGGAACAAGAUUUUGUUGGCUAAGUUCAUUUGGGCUGUUUCUUCCAAGCAGGAUAUGCUUUGGGUUAAAUGGGUCAACUGCAUUUAUCUCAAAGGAUCUUCAAUUUGGGAUUAUCUUUUGAAGCAUGAUACCAGUUGGUAUUGGAGGAAAAUAGUUAAUUUCUGUCAAUCUCUGUCAAAAUCUGUUUUGGAGGCUGCUGUGAGGAAUGGUAAGCUUCAGCUGGGCAGACUGUACUCAGUGGUCUUUCCUAGCUCCCUGGUGCACUAUGACAAGGCUGUUUGGUAUAGACUCUCGGCUCCUAAACAUCAAUUUAUCCUCUGGCUUGCAGUGAAUCAGAAAUUGCCUACUAGAGAUUGGCUUAAUUACUGUCAUAUUCCUCUUAAUUCAUUAAAUUGUCCAGAAAGUGAUUCAAUCAGCCCAAGAAUGGCUGAGAGGGUUUGCUUGGCCAGUUCAGUUCCAGAACUGGAUUACUUGGCUGUCCUUGCCUCAGUCCAGCUGGUUUUCGAAGGUGAUCAUUGCAGCUUGUGCUGCUUCUAUCUACCUCAUUUGGUUGAAUAG